AUGGCUGGAGAGCAAGCGUUCCACCGGGGAGGCGUGCACGGAGGCGGCAGCGCCAUCGGGCCGGACUACAUGCGGGCCAUCCGCGGCGACGACGACUACUACGGCGGGCACGGCCAGGGCUACAACCAGCCGGCGACCGUCACCCUCGCGAAGGGGGUGGCCGCGGCGGCGGCGGCCGGGUCGAUGCUGCUCCUGUCGGCCCUGACGCUGACGGGCACGGUGCUGGCGCUCAUCGUGGCGACGCCGCUGCUGGUGCUCUUCAGCCCCGUGCUGGUGCCCGCGGCCAUAGCCGUCACGAUGCUGACGGCCGGGUUCGUGUCGUCGGGGGCGUUCGGCGCGGCGGCGGUGGGCGUGCUGGCGUGGAUGUACAAGUAUCUGUCGCACGGCGCAUCCUCGCCGCCGGGGGCCGACACGGUGGACCACGCCGGUGCGAAGCUGGACUCCAAGGCGCACGAGGUGAAGAACUGGGCGCAGCAUCGCCUCGACCAGGCACGAACGCCGUAG